UAACCUUAACUCAGACGUGUUGGCAGAAGAAAAAACUGUUCUAGUGGUUUCUCUGGAGAUGCAUCCAUGGUUUGCUGAUGCCGACGUAUUUCCACCAACCAACACUGACAUGCAGCGCUAAAAGGAAUCCUCCAUUUUAAAAGCACAGAAACCAAAGCAACACAUUUAGUGGUAAAAGAUGUUUUUAUUCUUCCUGAUGAAUAAACAAAGUCUAAAGCAGGUCAGAGACUGAAAGAGCCUGGAGUUUCAUCACUUUCUACUUUCACUUUUUACUCUGCUACUUUCCACCACUAUGGAGUGCAUGUUUGAAUACUUCCUUAGUUCACAUUCUUGACUAAUAAUCUGUAUUCUGCGUUCUUCUACAGGGGAGCUUCUUGGGAUGGAGUACCUUUACAGUCAGUCUGGUCGUUCGCUGACUGUAAUGGACAACCCAGAGGAAGAGGAUCGGCUGGUGGAGCUGAUGGAUGAUGAGGCGGUGCGCGAUGAAGGCUUUGUGGAGGAGGAACCCGAGAACCUGACCGUGCCCGUCCUCUUUGCUCCAGAACACAGCAGCGUCCAGCAGGCCUCCAGCCCCUCUUCCUCUGCACCGUCCACAUCCAGCCGAGGAGAUCUACGUCAGCGCCUCAACCAGAGUCCUCUGCCUCCUCCUCUGCCUCCUCCUCUGCCUCCUCCUCUGCCUCCUCCUCUGCCUCCUCCUCUGUCUCCUCCUCUGCCUCCUCCCCUGCAGCGCUCUGUCCAGCCAACUGGAGCCUCUGGUCCUGCAGCAUCAGCUGGGUCCAGCGUUGCAGACCAGGCCCCUGCUGCAGUCCUCGGACCUGACGGCAUCCCAGGCUGGGAUAAGGUCCAGGACUUGGCCGAGUACCUGGUGACCCUGCGUCAGGCUCUCUACCUGGACGAGCAGCAGGUCAGAGGUCAUCUGCCUGUGACCUCUGACCUGGACAAGAGGAGGAUCAGUUACCAACCCAGGCACCAAGCCAAGCUGGCACACGGCCGCUUUAAGGCCCCCAAGAAUACGGGCGUCACCCCGGGUGUGGACAGUGUCAAGAGGAGCCUGAUUGGUCCUCCAGGGGGACCGGCUCAGUGGCCCAGCACCAGUCGUCUAGUUGAGGCUCUGUGCAUUAAAUUGUGUUCAUUGCACAAGUCCCCAACAAAAAAGGAUGGAGUGCAGCUUCCUCUGUGGACCAAAGUUCUCACCGACUACCACCACAUCUGAGACCUGGUGCUGGACUGCCCCCCCCUGAUGGAGGCCACCUCUCUGCAGCUUUUUGUCCUCAAUCAGAGGACUCUGACACAGUGGUUUAAUUGAAGGGAGAGCACGCAGGAGAUUAGUAUCCUCACCCAGGGCCUUGCUGCAGAGGACCACAUCGUUGUGGCCAGCUCACAGCUGCCUCCUCCGGGGGAGAAGCUGGACGAAGCGCCGUCCCCCUCAGGACUCCAGCAUGAGUUUGCCCUCCCGCCAAACAGAGCAGGUAAGGCUCCUAAGCUGCGGCCAGGCAGACGACCUGCUAGUGCCACCGUCCUGCAGCCCGUCACCCCAGCAGUUCCUCUUACUAUCCCAGCUCAGCUUC